ACAGAGGUCAGAGGAAUCGGACGCAGUGUGACAGGUGAACCACAACAACACAGCUGUCGAUUCCUCCGUUCCCUCGCCCUCUCGGCAUAUUUCAGCCAAUAAAUUCAUCCCUGCGAAGUGAGAGACAAUGCUUCGCGUAGGCAUUGUCCUGUGUUUAGUGUGCCUGGCCUCUGCUACUCUGUCCAGGAGUGACAAGAAGAAGAAAAGUGACAACAAAGUGAUAUCUGGUCCUCAGAGCAGCUCGGUAAUAGAGUUGGACUUGAUAACAGAAAAGCCGAAAUGGAAAGACAUUGUCGAAAACCACAAGGGAUAUUAUCACGACACAGCCAAGAGAGCAUCUAGUCAAAUGACUCUGGCCUACGUGACCCCGUGGAACAACCAUGGCUAUGAUGUAGCCAAGUUCCUCGGAGGGAAAUUUACUCAUGUCUCUCCAGUUUGGCUGCAGCUGAAAAGGCAUGCAGGGAGAAAUGUGAUCACGGGGGACCACGACAUCGACCAAGGUUGGAUCAAGGACGUGAGGAAGGCUGGCAAGAGCAGCAAUGUCAAAGUUGUUCCAAGAGUGAUAAUGGAGGGAUGGCAUCGUGAUGACUUUGAAGAAAUUGUCAAUUCAGAAGUCAAGCGUGGUGAAGUCACAAAUGACAUUCUUGGUAUUAUCAAGAAGCACAAUCUGGACGGAAUUGUGCUUGAAGUUUGGAGUCAGAUCCCAACACAGGGAAUCAUAGAGAGGUUUCCUAGGGUUGUCCGUGACAUAGCCCAGAAGAUUCGUAAGGCUGGUUUCGUUUUCAUUCUUGUCAUUCCACCACCAGUCUACCAAAGGGGUGUAAGAGGUUCCUUCACAGAAAAGGAAUUUCAGGCUUUAGCUGGUGAUGUGGAUGCAUUCUCUCUCAUGACGUACGACUUCUCAUCAUUCCAAAAUCCAGGACCAAACAGCCCUUUGUGGUGGAUGCGUGAUUGUGUCGAGAAAUUAGUACCAGAUGCUUCUUCUCCUGACCGUGCAAAGAUCCUAUUGGGCUUGAAUCUGUACGGUCUGGACCAUAGUGUUACAGGAGGGAACCACAUUAUCGGACAUCAGUAUAUAGAUAUACUGUCAACGUACAAGCCCAAGUUCCUCUACGACGGAGAAUCACAAGAGCACUAUUUUGAAUACAAAACAACAUCUGGGCGUCGGACUGUGUUCUACCCUACUCUACAUUCCAUCAACAAGAGAGUUGACUUGGCGAAAGAAUUGGGCACAGGAAUAUCUCUGUGGGAAGUGGGUCAGGGACUUGACUACUUUUAUGAUCUUCUCUGAUUAAGGAAACAAUGCAGAGAAGGUUUUCUCCAUGGUGCUGUCCAAAAAAGCUGGACUGUGAUUACUUUCUUGGGGUUGUGUGCGAAUAAGGGGGAUGAUUUAUUUAUUUGAAUGAUACAUAGUUGGUUAUGUACUGUAUGAAAAGCAUUUUUUUCUUUAUCUGUGAUUUCUAAUGUAUUGUUUGUUUUGUAGAGGAGCUGUUCACAUAGACCUGAUGCAUAUGUGGCCUUAUUGUUGUAUAAUUUCCAGUUUAAGGGUGGUUACAGACUUGGCAUUUGUGUGUGGGCUUUAACAAAAAAUUAAAGCAAAAUUUUGUAUUUCCAAAUUUAUUCAAUUUCACCAUUUGCACUUCAGUCAUUAUCAUUGUGAAGUUUGCUUAAUUGUGUUUAAAAUCAGGGAUUUUUCUUAGAAUAUUAUGAUGCAAAAGUAAAGAAUGUGCAAGUAAUUGUUAUUGGUGAAGGUGAUUGAAACAAGUGUAAUGUCUUGUAUUGAAGAAUAAUGUUAUUUUGUUGGAUGAUAAGUUUCUCUUGCAUAUUUACUGAGACCUAAUUUGUAUGAAAAAAUUAUAAUGAAAGUUGGGAAGUAGAAAUAGAAUGUGUAUAAAAUGACAGUAUUUUUGCAUUGCUAUUAGAUGUUCAUAAUCUUGUUCAUGAUACUGGGAAUCAGAACAGUGUCAGAUUAAAAAUAAGUACGAUAAGACCAGUGAAACAAAUAACUGGCUGUGGCCACAAAAGAAAAUGAUAGAAAUGGAAAUGUUGUGAUGAAUAUUCCUCUACACACUGAAGGAAAUGGCAGGUGUACUAGGAAGAUGAGGAAUUGUAGAGCAAGGUGGACGAGAAAGAAACUUUAAGCAGGCAAGACCUAGGGAAGUGAAUGCCAAAGAUGACAUGAAGUUAAACCCAAAGCAAGAUGGAUGAAAAUGAAACCUGAAGCAAACAGGACUUGCAAAAGACGGAGCAAAGGAUGUCAUCUUGUUUUCCCUGCAGUCGGAGAAAGUCGAAAUACUUACUGCUCCAAAAUCCACCAUUCACUCCUUAAACAACAACUGAAUUCCAUAGCCGUAUAGUUGUACCUUGUCCAGUGGUUGUGCCUGAUUUCCUUUGGGAGAUAUUUUUAUAGACACCAAAUAUACAGAACUCUAUUUUGUCGAGUUUGUCCAGUCUAAAUUUCUAAACCAGUUUGUACUGUGGAUGUUCUGCAUGUUACAUCACUAUUAUAUAGUGUAAGUAAAAUUCUUCGAAGGAAUGAUAAGGGAAAUUAAACAUAAUGUCAGUGGACUUGAUCAUGUAAAGUGUACAAAAAGGAAAUAUAUAAUGUGAAAGAAAAGUUUAUCUCUUCUUGCACCAAUGAAAUACUAAAAUAAAAGGUAUGCUGUUUGUUUAAUUAUGAUAAUUUUGUUUGUAUAGUUUUUUGUUUUUCUUGUUUAGAGGUGAAGCAUUGAUUAUCAGUGAUCGGAAGUAUAAAAAUAAAGCCUGAAAUUAAA